UCUCAUAUUCUAACACCACCAGCCGGCAAACAAAGUUUAGUUUAUUAACAAUGUCGGAGGAAUCAGGAACAGUUCCAGUGCCCUCCUGGCUGAAGGCCGAGCUAUUUGAAAAAUUGCUAAAUGAACAUUUUGGCGAUAAGUAUAUAGGAAUCAAGAGCUUCAAGCCGGUGGCUGGUCUCAAGCCUGGAGAAAAUUACUCCUCCAUUAUGCUACGCCUCCACUUCGAAGUCGAACUGAGUGAUCACACCACCGAAAAUGUGAGCUAUAUGCUGAAGACCCCACACGACUUUGAGUUGUACCGCGAAAUCCUGAAGAAGAACAACAUGUUUGUGGUCGAACGGGAUGUUUUCCUGCAAGUAAUUCCCGAGCUGGAGAAUAUGUACAAGGACGCCGGCUUGGAGGUCAAGUUUGGGGCCAAGGCCUAUGAAAUAGAUUCCCCCGAUGAGUAUGUCCUAUUGCAGGACCUUAGACCAUUCGGGUUCAAGAACGUCGAUCGGCUGGAGGGUCUUGACAUGGCCCACACCAAGAGUGUUUUGAAGAAGAUGGCCCAGUGGCAUGCGGCCUCGGCCAACAGGCUUCAUCUGAAGGGUCCGUACACCCAGCACUACUUGCAACCCACCUAUACCGAUAGCAUGAAGGAUAACAUCGAACAGGUGGCCGAGACUUUGGGAAAGUACUUCCUCAAGUGCCUUCCUCUUUACGAGGGCUACGAAGAGUAUAGCGAGGCGGUGCACAAGAUUCAACCCAAAAUAGUGGAUCUAAUGUAUGCGAUGAACACGCCCGAUCCGAAGGAUUUCAAUGCCCUGAACCACGGAGAUUGCUGGACGAACAACAUUAUGUUUAGGUAUGAGGGAGUGCCCGAACCCGCCGAGACCUAUUUUGUUGACCUCCAGCUGCCCAGGGUAACCAGCGUGGCUUACGAUCUGAUGUACUUCCUCCUGGGAUCGACGAAAUUCGAAAUACAAUUGAGUCAGUUCGAUUACUUUAUCAAGUACUAUCACGAUCAGCUGGUCGAGCACUUGCGAUUGCUGAAGUACCCCGAAGCCAAGACCCCCUCGUUGCGAUUCCUACACACUCAGCUGUUGAAAUAUGGACGAGUUGGAUAUCACACUGCCCUGAUGCUCUGCCCACCUGUGCUACUCGACCGAACCGACGAAGCCAAUUUGUCCGAUUUCGUCACCGAAUCGGAUAAUGGCGAUGGUCUCAAGAUGGCAAUGUAUUCCAAUUCCCGAUACAAGAAGCAUGUUAGCGCCAUUCUCACGUGGCUAAACAAUCGGGGGCCUUUCAGCUCUAACUGAAUUCGUAGCAGACCAGAUGCAUUGAAGUAUUACGUUUUCAUGGAGGGCUUCGAUUACAUGACAGCUAUAUAACUCUUUGAAACCACUUAAUAAUUGUAAAAAAAUUAGAAAUAAUCAUAUUAUCUAACAUCAAACAAGCCAUUUGUACCGCUCUAAAAAAUAUAAUUGAACAUGACAUUUAUAAAUGUAAAAGUGUUGUUCUACAAUUAUGUAAAUAGAGGGAUAAUUGGAUGAAUGACAAAUGAAAUUUUAAAA